CGCGCACGCGCGGCCCCGCCCCUUUCCCCCCCGGCCGCGGGCGGCUCUCGCGAGAGCGCCGUGAUUUCUCUCCUACGUGCCGUGCCGUGCUGCUCAUGGCGGCGCUGGAGCGGGGGCGCUGAGCUGUUGGGUAUGAAGUGGAACAGAACAGAAUUUACCACCUGAAACUGCUGCUUCAAGUUCAGAUCAGGAAAAGAAUAUAAGUAUACCACAUUGUAACAACUCAAGACCAAAGAAGAGACAACUUAACACUGAAGAAGAUACAAGGCUUGAUCUGAAACAAGAAGUUUGUGCCUACUCAACAGCUUCAAAAGAGCACGUCCCGACGCUGCUAUAGUAGUCUUUGUUUUCUCCAGUGCUGUAGUGAAACUGCCCAGGGCAGCAGCACUUGUAUUCUCUAGAGCCUGAUAGAUCACCUUCUUUUGCUACCUUUUUCUUUCUCUUUUUGUCUCUCUUCCUUUUGUUCCCUUUUUUAAAAUAAUAGCAGUCUUCAUCCUUAGAAACUUGUGCUGAAACAGAAGAAUCGGCAAAUACUACUGAAAGUGCAAUAUUUGAAUAUCACUGCGAGAUGAGCUUUGAUCCAAACCUGCUCCACAACAAUGGACACAACGGGUACCCCAAUGGUACUUCGGCAGCGCUGCGCGAGACCGGGGUCAUCGAGAAGCUGCUGACCUCGUACGGCUUCAUCCAGUGCUCGGAGCGGCAGGCCCGGCUCUUCUUCCACUGCUCCCAGUACAACGGCAACCUGCAGGAGCUCAAAGUAGGAGACGAUGUUGAGUUUGAAGUGUCUUCUGAUCGCCGAACUGGAAAACCCAUUGCUAUUAAAUUGGUGAAGAUAAAGCCAGAAAUUUUACCUGAAGAACGAAUAAAUGGACAAGUUGUGUGUGCUGUUCCUCACAAUUUAGAGAGUAAAUCUCCAGCUGCCCCGGGUCAAAGUCCAACAGGGAGUGUUUGCUACGAACGUAAUGGGGAAGUAUUUUACCUGACUUACACCCCAGAGGAUGUUGAAGGAAAUGUACAGCUGGAAACAGGAGAUAAAAUAAACUUUAUAAUUGAUACAAAUAAACAUACUGGUGCUGUAAGUGCUCGUAACAUUAUGCUACUAAAAAAGAAACAAGCUCGCUGUCAAGGAGUAGUCUGUGCCAUGAAAGAAGCCUUUGGAUUUAUUGAGAGAGGUGAUGUCGUUAAGGAGAUAUUCUUUCAUUAUAGUGAAUUUAAAGGUGACCUAGAAACCUUACAGCCUGGUGAUGAUGUGGAGUUUACAAUCAAAGACAGAAAUGGUAAAGAAGUUGCAACAGAUGUUAGACUGCUGCCUCAAGGAACUGUCAUUUUUGAAGAUAUCAGCAUUGAACAUUUUGAAGGAACUGUAACCAAAGUAAUUCCAAAAGUACCCAGCAAAAACCAGAGCGAUCCUUUACCUGGCCGCAUCAAAGUGGACUUUGUGAUUCCUAAAGAGCUUCCCUUUGGGGACAAGGACACAAAAUCCAAGGUGACCCUGCUGGAGAGUGACCACGUUCGGUUCAACAUUUCCACGGACAGGCGCGACAAACUGGAACGAGCCACCAACAUUGAGGUUCUCCCCAACACCUUCCAGUUUACUAAUGAAACCAGAGAAAUGGGUGUGAUUGCAGCAAUGAGGGAUGGCUUUGGCUUCAUUAAGUGUGUGGACAGGGAUGCUCGGAUGUUCUUCCACUUCAGUGAGAUCAUGGAUGGAAAUCAGCUCCAUAUUUCUGAUGAAGUAGAGUUCACCGUCGUUCCUGAUAUGCUGUCUGCCCAGAGGAACCAUGCCAUAAGGAUUAAAAAGCUCCCCAAGGGCACAGUUUCUUUCCACACCCAGUCAGAGCAUCGCUUUGUGGGCACUAUAGACAAAGAAGCCACUCCAGCCAAAGCCACUAGCCCAAAUAAAGGCAAAGAGAAGGAAGCUGAGGAUGGAAUAAUUGUGUAUGAUGACUGUGGAGUAAAACUGACCAUUCCUUACCAGGCCAAGGAUGUGGAAGGAUCUACUAAUCCCCAGAUAGGUGAUAAGGUUGAGUUCUGUGUGUGUGAGGUGAAGAGGACCGGGCUGCAGACGGCUGUUUCUGUCAGGAUGCUGGGACGCAACUACAGCUCCAAGAGGCUCUUGGGAUAUGUGGCAGCCCUGAAAGAUAAUUUUGGGUUUAUUGAAACAGCCAAUCAUGAUAAGGAGAUCUUCUUCCACUACAGUGAAUAUUGUGGUGAUAUUGAUAGCCUGGAACUUGGAGACACUGUGGAAUACAGCUUGUCAAAAGGCAAAGGAAACAAAGUUAGUGCAGAGAAAGUAAACAAAACACAUGCAGUGAAUGGUAUUACUGAAGAAGCUGAUCCAACUGUUUACUCUGGUAAAGUAAUUCGUCCCUUGAGGAGUGUAGAUCCCACACAGACAGAGUACCAGGGCAUGAUUGAACUCAUGGAGGAUGGUGAGAUGAAAGGAGAGGUCUAUCCCUUUGGAAUUGUUGGCAUGGCAAACAAAGGUGACUGUCUGCAGAAGGGGGAGACAGUGAAGUUCCAGCUGUGUGUGCUGGGUCAGAACGGGCAGACAAUGGCUGUGAACAUCACCCCGUUCCGCAGGGCCACCGUGGAGUGCGUCAAGGACCAGUUUGGUUUCAUUAACUAUGAAGUUGGUGACAGCAAAAAGCUCUUCUUCCAUGUCAAAGAAGUGCAGGAUGGUGUGGAGCUCCAGGCUGGGGAUGAAGUGGAGUUCUCCGUAAUCCUGAACCAGCGCACAGGAAAAUGCAGUGCCUGUAACGUGUGGCGUGUCUGCGAAGGCGCCAAGGCCGUGGCUGCUCCGCGUCCCGAUAGACUCGUGAACCGUUUAAAGAGCAUCAACCUGGACGAUGCCAACGCCCCGCGGCUCACGGUGCUCCGCCAGCCCCGGGGCCCUGACAACUCAAAGGGAUUUGGUGCAGAAAGAAAGAUCCGCCAGGCUGGUGUUAUAGACUGAUCCCAACCCCACGGUGACGUUGGGCCGUGCGGUGGGGCUGGCGAAGGGUACUGAAUAUCUCCCUGUUCACCCCUUCCUCCAAAUUCUCAGAAGCUAUUCCACCAGUUUUAACACCUUCUCAUGUUAUGUUUAAAAUUAAAUUUACGAAACCAUUUUAAAUUUCUGCACAGUUGCAUUCUGGAGAACUUUAAGGUGGCGCCUUAUAGUAUCACAUUUUAGAAGCUUGUUUUGAAUGGUGCAUUUAACGCAACUGGUAACUGCAAUCUCCAUUGCCUCUGUGAGUAAACAUAGACAGCUCUGCUCGGGCAGACCUUGUGGAAUUCUGCACUACAGUUAUUAUUAUGCUUUAUCCUUGUUUUUGGCCAAGGUUUAUUAUGCCUUAGUGCUCAGUUGCAUUAUCUUCCUUCCCAAGUGGAAGGGCAAACUCAUUCAGCUCACUCUGCUCAAAUUCUGAGGAACAUGUGAGGGUGGAAUGCAUUCUGUUUCUAUCAGAUC